AUGAUGGGCCACUUCGACCAGGAGAAAGAACCGUUCCUGGACGAGAAAGUGGAUGAAUACCGCGUUGAUCAAGGCCUCGAUCCUCUCGACGAGAAGCGGCUGCUCGACAGUCAACAACCAUUUCCACAACCGCAGGUCGUCCCCGCCGCGCCUCCUGUCGCACCCGAGGGCGAUGACAUCGCCCGCCGCGCCCAGGACGUGUUGGAGAUCUUGCACCGCGCACGCGAGACAACCGAGUCAUCAGCACGCGAGGCGCUGGCGUUAGAGUUCAAGGCUCUCCAUAUGAAGGGAUUGCGGCGCGGCGUUCGUCCCGACAUAGUCAAAGAGGCCGUCGCGCUGCGUCUCCGUUCCCUCCCCCUUGAUAAAGGCCGGGCCCUUGGGAUAGAAUAUGACUCUCUUGUGGCUGUGGUGAAAUACAAGGACGCUGUAUCGAAGAAGGAGACGAAGAGAAUCUUAUGGGUCUUGCUCGGAUACGCAAUCGCAACACCGGUGUUCUGGGUCUUCAGAGAUUUCAUCAGCGAGCACGCGGUGUGGGGACCGUAUGCAGCCAUGGCAGGAGUACUGGUCAUUACUCUGUUCACAGCAUUGAUUACCCCGGUGCUCGUACGUCCCCUCCCGCAUCUCUCAGAGCACCCUAACCUUCAGACUUCCAACUUGUCUACUCGGUUCUACGAUUUGCGGGCGACGGGGUUAACCUUCGUCACAGCAUUCAUUGUCCUCCUACAAACCAUCAACGGUGCCAAUGCGUGCCGUCAUUUUUGGACAGCUGGGGCAUGGUACAGCGUGAGCACGUCAAUGCCAUUCUCAGCUGACAAUAGAUUCUGGGUGGUCGCCACCCAGCCGGCGGUACGAAUUAACCUUUGGCGCCAGCCGGCAGAGGGAAAGCUGUGCCGUCCAUGGGCCGCCAAGCAGAAAGAAACCGCACAGCGUAAGAAGAACCGCAAGUCAUUUCGGAGAAACUGGCGCGUACUUCUUGUCCCCAUCGGUGGCGCAAGCCUGAUCAUGUUUGUUGUCCUUCUUCUCGGUGGAGCACCGUUUUGGCCCGCCGUUGGUAUGACUGUGCUCAUAUUCGUUGUUAGUCUCAUUAUGGCGGCGUGGGGGGCGUUCGACGGCGAUACGGAUGAUGUCGACGCCGCGACAACAGACGAGGAGGCAGUUGGCGAUGCCCAGUCACCAGUCGCCCUCGGCGCUGGCCCAUCUGAUCGUACUGUUGCUCCUGUGUCGUAG